ACUAGUGUACAAUAAAGUUGGAGAUUUUAUUAGUAUUUAACCGUGUGGGAACUCUUGUUUGGUGGAACAGCAGUACCAGCAAUCAUGAACUGUUUCCUAGUGUCACUCGUCUCUCUCUGCCCGCUCCUCCUUGCUCUCUGUGCUCAGAGUGUGUCAUCUCGAAAUGUGUCUGAAACUCACCUACAGCAAGCUAGCUUCCCACCAAGAGGUUGGAAUUCAUAUGAUUCCUUUGGCUGGACAGUUUCUGAAGAAGAAUUCUUACAGAAUGCUGGAAUAGUUUCUCGGAGCCUCAAAGCUCAUGGAUACAAGUAUGUUGUUGUGGAUUACCUCUGGUAUAGGAAGAAUGUCCAAGGUGCUUAUUCGGAUUCUCUUGGAUUUGAUGUGAUUGAUGAGUGGGGGAGGAUGAUCCCUGACCCCGGAAGGUGGCCUUCGUCCACAGGUGGGAAGGGAUUCAGUGAAGUAGCCAAUAAAGUACAUAACAUGGGUUUGAUGUUCGGAAUUCAUGUUAUGAGAGGGAUAAGCACACAAGCAGUCAAUGCAAACACCCCUAUCCUAGACACAACAAAGGGGGGUGCUUAUCAAGAGUCUGGUCGAGUAUGGCAUGCAAAAGACAUAGCAUUGCCGGGAAGGGCUUGUGCAUGGAUGCCUCAUGGUUUCAUGAGUGUGAAUACACAGUUGGGGGCUGGGAGAGCCUUUUUGAGAUCCCUUUAUGAGCAGUAUGCUGCAUGGGGUGUUGAUUUUGUGAAACAUGAUUGUGUGUUUGGUGCUGACUUGGAUUUAAAUGAAAUAACCUAUGUAUCAGGGGUUCUCCAGGAGCUUAACCGUCCCAUUGUAUAUUCUCUAUCUCCUGGAACUAGUGUGACACCAGCAUUGGCCAAGGAUGUCAGUGGGCUAGUAAACAUGUAUCGUAUAACAGGAGAUGACUGGGAUAACUGGGGUGAUGUCAAAUCUCAUUUUGAUAUAUCAAGGGAUUUAGCUGCAGCUAGUAUGAUAGGAGCAAAAGGUUUAAAUGGGAAUUCAUGGCCUGAUUUGGACAUGCUACCAUUUGGAUGGCUAACUGAUCCAGGUUCCAAUCAAGGUCCACACAGGUUUAGUAAACUCAAUCUAGAAGAGAAGAGGACACAGAUGACAUUGUGGUCCAUGGCCAAGUCGCCUCUCAUGUAUGGUGGAGAUCUGCGGAAAAUUGAUAUUGUCACAUAUAGUCUUAUCACGAAUCCUAUCCUGCUGGAAAUUAAUUCUUUCAGCUCAAGUAACAGGGAGUUUCCUGAUGUCACAAGUUCUGAGAACUUGAAUCAUAAAGACCAUCAUCUUAGAGUGAAGAAAAGAAGAUCUAAGAGAGGAGGGAAACCAUCAUAUACACAUGCAUUACGUCUCACUGGCUGCAGUGAAACAAAGGCAAUGGGUUGGUCUGUUGAAAGUCUCAACGAAGAUCUUGAAAGAAUCUGUUGGAAAAGAAGUUUAGAAAACCAGCUUCCUCCUUUCUGUGUACACAAGAGAGAAUUUCAGUUCAAAUUAGAUGGCGAGAGCACGCAUCAAGAGGACUAUCGGGGUAAACAUCAUUUGGUUGCAACCAACGAAAUGAAAUUCUGCUUGGAUGCUUCCCCAAAACAAAAGCUUACUUCUAAGGAGUUCAAGAGUGGUACAUUUUCUCCUUGCAGAUGGGAUGCAAAUCAGAUGUGGAAGCUGAAUCCAAAUGGGACCAUGGUAAACAGUUACUCCGGUCUGUGUGCAAUAGCAGAAUCUGCCAAAGAUGGUAUUAGUCCUGGUGGGAUUCGCUCUUGGAUUGCAAAAGGAAGAAGAGGUGAAGUGUAUGUUGCUUUCUUCAAUUUAAGUGAACAAAAGACAGUGAUAAGUACAAAGACAUCGUCUCUGGGUAAUGCUUUUGCUGAUAGAACAAGCAUCACUUCCUGCCAUGGCAAGGAAGUUUGGAGUGGAAAGCAAGUCAUAACAACUCAGGGAACUUUAUCAGCUGAAGUGGGACUUCACGGAUGUGCCUUAUUUGUUCUCAAUUGCCACUAGUUUGGAAAAAGAACCCUACCCUCCACCCCCUAGAAUUUCAAAGAACCACGUCAUGAGUUUAGAUCUCAAUUGUUUCAUUUACUAAUAAAUUUUAUUUAACCAAUAUAAUAUCAUAAACUCAAUUAGCUUUUAUAUACUCAUCUCUAUAUUUAUUUUUAAAUUCAUUUUUUAAAUAAUAUUAAAAUAUUAA